AUGGCCCCGAUAGCCUCAUCCCCAUCGUCAUCUACAUCGCUGUCGAACAGCAGAGAUGCGCAGCCUAGUUCCGUCUCGGAGACCUCUACCAUCUAUUAUGACCAGGAGCCCUUCGAAACGUUCCAAGGCCGAGCCCUAUUCCUUGCGCUGAGCACCAUCUGGGCCAAUGCCGCUGCAGACGAGGUGAUCGCCGUGGAGCGUCUGCAUGGCGGGGGGUACAACCGAAUCACCGGUCUGACGAAACGAACUAUGGGCAAACCCGAAACAGCGUUGCAGUACAUCCUCCGAGUUCCACGCUUUCAGCCCGGUCAGGUCGGGAACGAAGUUGCUGCCUUGCGCUUUGUCCUUGAACAGACAUCCAUUCCAGCUCCGAGCGUCGUGGCAUUUGACGAAACUUCUCUGAACCAGCUGCAAUCGCCCUACAUGAUCCAAACCCGCCUUCCGGGUGUGCCAUUGCACCAAAGCAUGGCGGACAUGUCCUACUCGGAUCGAUGCCGAAUCGCCAAGGAUCUCGGUGCUGUCGUCGGCCAGAUGUUGCAGGUCCAGAGCAGCAUGAGUGGCAGAUUGACCCUUCCGUCCACGGAUAGGACGCUCGUUGCGCCGCUCCAUGUCGCCCCUUGGUACCCGGUCGUCGACCCUUCAGAGUCCCAACCAUUCCGCACCUCUGCUGCCUCCAGCAGUGUGGGCAAAAUGCUUACGGCGGCCUUGCUGGCCUGGAAAGCCGAAGAGCUCCGUCUCCGUCCCCGCGGCGGACUCAAGCCCGACAUCAUUGACCAGUUCAUCAUCAUGGCACGGCAAAUGGAGAAGAUGGGUUAUCUAGGUGAUACGCCGUUUACCCUAGCUCAUCUUGACCUUGCUCCCCGGAACAUCUUGAUCAACGAUGCCUUAGACACUAGUAAACCCAUCAUCUCGGGCAUCUUGGACUGGGACAGUGCAGUUCUCGGACCGAUGUUCAUGACGUGCGAUCCGCCUAGCUGGGUGUGGGCUGAAUGGGGUCCCGAGGGCGACGAGGAAGAGAAGGACGAGGACAAGUUAGAAGCAGACCUUCAGCCUUCCUCGGCCCAGGCAUUGGAGCUGAAAAGUCUUUUCGACGCAACUGCAGGCCCGCAUUACAGAAAGUUAGCUUACGAUCAAAAGUACUCGCUUUCGAGACGGCUUAUGCGUUUCGUCAUCCAAGGCAUGGCGUCAAACGAGCUAAUCAACGAGGCACGAGCGCUACUUCGCAGAUGGAAGAUUAUCUGGGAUGCCAAGCAUGCCGAAAGCGAUUCCCAAGACUGA